AUGAUGGCAAGUCGAAACAACACAGCCAGUGCUGCCCCAAACAAUAAUGUGAAAUACUCCAGGCUGACAGAUAGUGAUGAAGGCUACAUUGACCUACAGUUCAAGAAAACACCACCUAAAGUACCCUACAAGGCUAUUGCGCUGGCAACAUUCCUAUUUCUGGUUGGCUCUGUAUUGAUUGUUGUUAGAUCCCUUCUUUUGGCAGGAUACAUUAAUGUUAUGUACCCAGAUCGCACGAUUCCAGUUCUCAUCAUCGGCAUACUGAUCUUUCUUCCCGGAUUCUAUCAUCUGCGGAUCGCUUAUUAUGCUUCCAAGGGUUACCGUGGUUAUUCUUACGAUGACAUUCCAGACUUUGAUGACUGA